AUGGGGGCUGAGUGUGUGAAUCUACAGCAGAAGCAGAGCGCCAAAUGGUGAAGGGCUAUUAUUUUAUAAAACUGUUUUGAGUUCUUCUUGAAUUGCCAGUUUUCAGCCUCCUCAUGCCUCCAUCUCCUUUAGACGACAGGGUAGUGGUGGCACUGUCUAGGCCCGUCCGACCUCAGGAUCUCAACCUUUGUUUAGACUCAAGCUACCUGGGCUUUGCUGUCCCAGGCAGUGACGGCCACCCUCCUGUCAUCGCUACCACCGUUGUGACCCUCAAGGCUGCGAAACUGACGUAUAUGCCCUCAUCCAGCGGCUCUGCCCGCUCCCUGAAUUGUGGAUGCAGCAGUGCCAGCUGCUGCACUGUGGCAACCUACGACAAGGACAAUCAGACCCCAACCCAAGCCAUCGCUGCCGGGACUGCCACCACGGCCAUUGGAACCUCGACUGCCUGCCCUGCUUACCAGAUGGUCAACAACAAUGAGAACACAGGCCCUAUGAGUCCAUUAGGAGGGGUGGGCAGCUCUGUGUCAGGGACCCCCAAGCAGCUGGCCAGCAUCAAGAUCAUCUACCCCAACGACUUGGCGAAGAAGAUGACCAAGUGCAGCAAGAGCCAUCUGCCAAGCCAGGGCCCCGUGAUCAUUGACUGCAGGCCUUUCAUGGAGUAUAAUAAGAGUCAUAUGCAGGGAGCUGUCCACAUCAACUGUGCCGACAAGAUCAGCCGGCGGAGGCUGCAGCAGGGCAAGAUCACUGUCCUAGACUUGAUUUCCUGUAGGGAAGGCAAAGACUCUUUCAAGAGGAUCUUUUCCAAAGAAAUUAUAGUUUAUGAUGAGAAUACCAAUGAGCCCAGCCGAGUGAUGCCCUCCCAACCACUCCACAUAGUCCUCGAGUCGCUGAAGAGAGAAGGCAAAGAACCUCUCGUGUUGAAAGGUGGACUUAGCAGUUUUAAGCAGAACCAUGAAAACCUCUGUGACAACUCCCUCCAGCUCCAAGAGAGCGCGGAGAUUGGGGGUGGCGCAUCUGCUGCCUCGGGCAUUCUACCUCAGUCCAUCCCCACCACCCCUGACAUCGAGAACGCAGAGCUGACCCCCAUCCUGCCCUUUCUGUUCCUUGGCAACGAGCAGAAUGCUCAGGACCUGGACACGAUGCAGCGGCUGAACAUCGGUUAUGUCAUCAAUGUCACCACUCACCUUCCCCUUUACCACUAUGAGAAAGGCCUGUUCAACUACAAGAGGCUGCCUGCCACCGACAGCAACAAGCAGAACCUCAGGCAGUACUUUGAAGAGGCUUUUGAGUUCAUUGAGGAAGCACACCAGUGUGGAAAGGGACUCCUCAUCCACUGCCAGGCCGGGGUGUCCCGCUCUGCCACCAUCGUCAUUGCUUACCUGAUGAAGCACACUCGGAUGACCAUGACUGAUGCUUAUAAGUUUGUCAAAGGCAAACGACCAAUUAUUUCCCCAAACCUUAAUUUCAUGGGGCAGUUGCUAGAGUUUGAGGAAGACCUUAACAAUGGUGUGACACCGCGAAUCCUUACACCAAAGCUGAUGGGUGUGGAGACAGUCGUGUGAUGAUGGUUUGGAGGGAAAGGAUUCCUCCUCCUCUUUAGAGACAAAGGGAAAAAAAGACUGUUUUUUGUUUUCUUUCUUUCUCUCAUAUUUUUUUAAGACGGAGGUAGACUUGUGAAUGAAAACAGACUUGUUCAGAAAUUUAUUUUUUAAAAGUGUGAGAAGCAUUUCAUUUUGGGUGCCAAUGGUGUCUUUGUUGAUGCCAUCGAUUCUAAGGUUCACAUCCUACAAAUGAGAAAGCAGAAAGAUUAAAAGAGUCAAUUAUUUUUUUAAAGUCAAAAAUAAAAAUAUGAUA